CUUUGGUCAACACUGGUGCCCCUACUUGUUCCUUUAAGACGAGUCUCCUCCUAGAUAUUCUCAGUGUGGGGCUGCUUUGCCGGGGGAAAGCGUCUCAUACCAGACAUUAGUUAAUCAACAAAGAUGACAAGUGAAAACAGACUCAUUGAGCACAUAGGAGACUUCGGACCUUUCCAGAAGAAGAUUGUAAUACUUGGUUCACUACCGUUGGUCAUUUUUGCUUUUGUAUUGGUUGGGGUUGUCUUCUUAGGGUACACUCCAGAUCACUGGUGUAGGAUUCCUGAAUCUGAGCGCCUCCAGGAGGAAUGUGGCUGGACAGACCUCGAGAUGCGGGAGGUCACUGUUCCCCGGUCUGAUAAGACAGGAUCCUUUAGUCAGUGUAAGAGGUUUGAUGUGGACUUGAAGGAAAGUCCAAACAAAUGCGACGAUCUGAACUUGGCGCUGACCUCCAACAAAACCGUGUUAGUGCAUUGUGACAGUGGAUGGGUGUUUGAGAAAAGCCACCGCACUAUUGUUUCUGAGGUGAGUUUGAUUUCUCCUGCUCCUCCCUAACAGUAUAGAGACUUGAAAAUUACAAAAUACAGUCGUUUUUAAUGCACCUCAGAGUGUCUUUAAAAAGUUCUUCUCAUUUUAAUCCAUUCUGAGAUUUCUAUUUAGAAAACUCCUUCUAUAUGAGCAAAUUUAUCUCAAUCUAGGAAAGUCACAAAAAGUGAUGCAUGAGUGAACUUUUGAAGAGUCUCUCUUGACUUUACAGAUAGGAAGCAUUUAUAUUUCCACUUCCCUGAUUGAUUUGUUAAAUUGCAAUCAGAAUAACCUCAAUAUUAUUAGUUUAGUUUUGGAAGAAAUUUCCCUUUUCCUUUCUCGCAGUUCUCUUUGGUCUGCGAGAGAUCUUGGCUUGCUGAUCUGAAUCAAGUUUUUCUGGCACUCGGCUUCUUUAUUGGGGCUUUUGUCACUGGAUACCUGGCUGACAGGUCUGCAAACAAACAUUUUUAAGUUUCUGAAGGAUUUUAAAAUGUAAUUAUUCAGUUAGCCAAAACAUUGAUCGCAUUUGAUCUUUACACAGAUUUGGCAGGAAGCCUUGUUUGAUUGCAUCCAUGCUUGGCCUCAGUGUCUCGGGUAUAGGGGUCAUGCUGUCACCCUGGUACCCACUUCUGCUCAGCCUACGAUUUCUGCAAGGUUUUUUUGGAAAGGGAGCAUGGACGGCUACCUAUGUGCUCGGUAUGUUUGUUUGUCUACUUUUUGAUACCAGCUUUUUAUCCUGUCAGUGUCUGAUAUUCUGUGUCUUGCAUCUGUCAAUCAUCUGUAAUGAUAUGACAGUUCCCACUGAGCAUUUUUUGGUCUAAAAGAGGUCUAAUAGACGACUGGUCUAAAAUCAGGAUACCACAGGUCUAAAAAUUAAAGUUUUUUAGAUAUCUAAAUUGGGACCAAGUUUAGACCAAGUCUAAAUCUGGGCUAUAUCUAUACUACACUGUAUAUUGCUCAAUGGCUAUCAUAAUUAUUUUGGUUAAGUACUUGGAGAUCAGUUUUGCAACUCACAGCUGCUUUUUGAAAUAAAUAGUUAUCAAAUAAUGGGUUAAAGUGUAACGUCUAAAUAUAUACAGAAUCUGAACAGUUAAAAUUAUGUCUGAAAAAAAAAACUAGACAUCUAGUUAAUUGCUCAGUGGGUUAAUCACUAAUAGUACAGUUCACAUUUUUAAUUAUCGCUUCUUUUAUUGCAGUGAUUGAGUUCUUUGGAUCAAAAAACAGGAAAUUUGUCUCCAUGGUUAGUCGGACUUUCUACUCCACUGGUAUGGCCAUCCUUCCUGGUCUGGCAUACUUUCUACCCUCCUGGAAGAUCCUGCAGCUGGUCAUGAGUCUGCCCUGCCUUCUUUUUAUCUCAUACUACUGGUAUGUGUAUUUUAUUUGUUUAUUUAUUUAUUUUUUUUACAUGGACCAGUUUUAUUUAUUUGCAUGGCAAUAUUAAACCCAAUUCAGACACGUGUGGGUUUUUCUCGAAGGAUUGUACCUGAAUCUCCACGAUGGUUGCUCUCACAAAAAAGAACCGCAGAAGCUAUGAGAGUCGCAACCAAUAUCGCAAAAUGCAAUGGGAGAUCGUUGCCAGCCAACCUUCCUGAGGUAUUAAAGAUUGCUCAUGUCUUAAAGCAAAUCAGAGUGUUACUUAAAAAAUAGAAAAACCCGUUGACUAUGACAUGUUUCAGAUACUUCUUUUGGAGGAAAAGAAAACAGUACAUCCUUUAUCGAUGAUGGAUUUGUUCAGAACACCAACUAUUAGGAAAAAUACACUAAUUCUUACUUAUGCCUGGUGAGUUGAUUCAAUUUUACAUUCAUCACAUCUUAUAUUGGUGGAUUAUAGGCUAGUAUACUCUUGUAGUUUCAGAAUCUGCUUCAUAUUGGGGUUGUUCUAAUCCAGGUUUACCAGUACAGUUGUGUUUCAAGGCCUUGUCCUUCGUCUGGGGAUCACAGGGGACAACCUCUUCCUAGACUUUUUUGUCUCUGCUGUGGUGGAGCUUCCCACCGGCCUCAUCUUCUACUUGCUGGUCGACAGAGUCGGACGUCGCUCCCUCAUAGCAUUGACCAACUUCAUUGGUGGUAUUGCCUGUCUUGCUGUGCCCUUCAUCACCAGAGGUAUGUAAAAGUGACAGACUUGGGUAAUCUCAAAAAUGUAUACCGGUUGGAUGUGACUUCUACUUUAUGUCUCCCUCCACAGAUUUUGGCUUGUUGAAAAAAUUAGUCGCAAUCAUCGGGAGGUUUGCUGUUGCUAUUGGAUUUGAGACGCUGAACUUUGCAAACGCAGAGAUGUACCCGACACCUCUGAGGUGAGUAUUGAUUCUGUCCAGACAUCAGAUUAACUGACAAGAUUAUAAAGUCCCUGUGUAACCGGGAUCACUGAACGUCCACAGAUCCCACAUCUAAGAAAACCUGGAGUCCAUCUUGUUACUCCUGUCUCACUCACAGUUCUCUGUUAUCUCUAUUAUUAGUUUAUCUUUUUCUCUACAUUUAAUGAGCUGAGUCGCAUUUAUUUGUCUUUUUAUGUGGUCCAGUCUGUUUUGGAUGUUGACUUGAGUUUCUUGGUCUUUUAAAGCACCAACAAAAAUAAUCACAAAAUAAUAGUAUGAAGAGGAAAGGGAAAAAACUUCCCAACAAUGCGAAUAUACUCUGCCAGUUCUACAAUUAAAAGUAGAAAAUCGACUUAUUCUCCUGAUAAGGCUGAUAAAUUCGUAAUGUCUCACUUGAUUGUAAAAGAUUUACUUUCAAUUUCCGACAGAAAUUUGGGUGUGUCGGUGUGUUCAUCAGCGAGUGACUUCGGAGCAAUUGUAGCUCCAUUUCUGCUCUACAGAUUAGCCAGUAUCUGGCAGGAGCUGCCUCUUUUUCUUUACGGUAAACAAAGUCUUUUUCCAUAAUCCUUGAACACUCUUAGUCCUCUUGAAUGAUGAAAACAUUGUGAAAAAUUUCAAACUCACUGACUUGUGUCGUCUUGUUUCAGGUGGGAUGUCGGUGCUGUACAGUGGAUUAGUGACUUUGUUGCCUGAGAUGAAGGGAGUGGAACUGCCAGAAACCAUCGAGGAUGUGGAGAAUCUAAAACGGUAAAUUAAUGUAAAUUUAGAUUGAGAAUAAGAUCUUCAUAUGUAACAGAUUUCCAUAAAAUUUACUUCCUCUUUAAUAUCCAGAGUUAUUACCGUGUCUUAUGUUGCUAAUCAGACUAUAUAAAAUAAUUAACUUCAGUUACAGUAGAGAUGGGAAAGUAUGUAAAAUGUCCCUACAAGAGAUUUCGAAGGUUUGCAAAUCAUCUUAACCUAACAUUUAACGAAAGGUAGACAACAUCAAAAAAGUUUCGUUUUGUGAGAAGAAGUUGAAGCUCUUUUAAAUUGGAUGUCAGGAACAUGUCAGGACAACAAAACAUGGGAAAAGUUGUGUAAUGAUUAAAUAUAUAACUCAUCUCCCAACUGAUCAGGUUAAUUUGCAACAGGCUCGUAACAUGACUGGGUAUGAAAAGGGCAUUUCAGUCCAGAAGAGGUUCACCACCCUGUGAGACACUGCAUGAACAAACACUUUGACCAUUUCAGGAUUAUAUCCCUCAGCAUAAAACUGCAAGUAACUUUAUCGUCUACAAUACAUAAUAUUGUAAAAUGAUUCAAGGAAUAUGGAUGGUCUCUGCACAAGAGUGAAUUGUCUGAGCACAACUUUUUUACAACAUGUUGCUGACAUCAAGUUUAAAAUUAUAAUAGAAUUUUUCUACACAAAAGUAAAAUUUUGAGGUAUUGUUAUUGCAUUAUUUUUUUUAAUUUAAAUCAUAAACCUCUGUUUUAUUAACAUUGACAAAGUACUUUUAUGGGACUAGGGUUGUACGUAAAGGGAAAUCGGUAACCCUUUCUUUUACGGUACACUUAUUACCAGGUAAUUAACAGGUAAUUACCUAGUAAUUACCAUGAAAUUAUCUGGUAAUUACAUGAUAACUACUUACUCAAUACUGUCUAGCUACCAGGUAGGUAGCACAGAAAAAAGAAAAACUAGACAGUAUUGACUUAGUAGUUAUCAUGUAAUUACCAGAUCAUUUCAUGUUGUUACUAGGUAAUUACCUGUUAAUUACCUGGUAAUAAGUGUACCGUAAAAGAAAGGGUUACUGGGAAAUCUUGCAACACAGAAUGUAAAGCUGAUCUGCUGUUGUCCCUGGAGGCUUGACUGUUAUCAGGUGAUGGCCGACUGAUCGAAAACCAACAACAAGAAAUGACAAAAACUCUUUCCCUCAAAAGUCAUGUUAGAAUUAGGAGAGAAAUAGCAAUAAAUCAAGCUGAUAGGUGUUUCGACACGACAGGAAAAAGGUGUCAGGAGGAAGCGGGAGAGGUGAUGAGAAAGGUGCUAAGAAGAGGUAGCAAUACCUACAUUGAAGAGACAAGAAUAUAUUUGUCAAGCCAGGUGCACAAUGAGUAGUUCAGAGCAGUAAGGCUGAUACUCUAACCCUUUGUGUUUUUUGUGUACUUGUAUUUUCAGGAGGGAAAAGUUAAAGGCCGCAGAGAAAAACUGCAUGGUUAUAUAACUGGGGUCUUCAAGAGCCGGUCCAUAAAUGGAUUAUUCUCUGCACAUGUGUUGUAUUUACAGUACAAUGUGGUUGUUAUUGCACACUAGUAUUACACCUGAUAUACUAGGGCCUUAAAGGUGUUAAUGAGAGAAUUGCACAGUGAGAAGAUGCUGCAGUGG